AUGCAAGUGACUUUCAAGGACUUGAAAAAGCAAACGGUGCAGGUUAGCGUCGAGCCCUCGGACCUUGUCCGCGUGGGCAAAGAGAAAGUGGCUGCUGCCCGCGACGUUGAUCCUUCCCAGUUGAAGUUUGUGUACUCGGGAAAAGUGCUUCAAGACGACAAGACUUUUGACGAGUUCAAGGUCAAGGAGGGCGACUCCAUCAUUUUCAUGAUUCUGCAGAAGAAGCUGCCUGCCCCAGCGCCAGCACCAGUGGCUGCGCCUGCGGCAAGCGAGGCUGUUUCGGCGCCAAGCGAGCCAGAAACCUCAACGCAAACCCCAGAAACUGCUUCAUCCACAGCGGCCAACGCUCUGACACCUGCGUCUAGCUCGGACUUUGCCCUGGGUCAGGACCGCGAGGCUGCGAUCCAAAACAUGAUGGAAAUGGGCUACGAGCGGCCGCAGAUUGAGCGUGCAUUGCGUGCUGCUUUCAACAACCCACACCGUGCUGUUGAGUACUUGAUCACUGGAAUUCCAGAAGCAUUGACACGCGCAGAGCAACCCCCACAGGCACAAGAAGAACCUGCGGCUCAUGCAGAGGCGCAGACAGAGCACGAGGACGAGAGUAACCAGGAGGCAAAUGUUCACGAGAACAUGUUUGAUGUCGCAGAGGCCGCAGCAGGAGAUGAACCUGUGCCAGCACAGGAGGAUCGUUUGGCAUUGCUCCGUGCGGCAAUCCAGAGUGAGCCAGAGUUGGUUCAAUCUGUGCUUCAGGAAAUCGCUGCGUCCAAUCCUCAGGCAGCACAGUUGAUCGAGCAGGACCCAGAGGCUUUCAUCAGUACUCUUUUGGGUCAACAUGAUGAUGCUGGCUAUGAGAUCGAGGAGGAGGAAGAAGGUGUUGUGCGUGUGCAAUUGAGCGAGUCAGACGAAAGCGCCAUCCGCCGUUUGUGCGAGUUGGGCUUUGAUCGUGACAUGGUGGUCCAGGUGUACUUGGCAUGUGACCGUAACGAAGAGGUGGCUGCGGACAUUUUGUUCCGUGACAACUGA